UUAAUCAAGGAAUGUCUGCACAAAAAUAUUAGAGAAAUAUUACAAAUUAAUGUAAGGUGUCCUUUACUCUUCCAAGAAAAUAAAUGUGCUUGCCAUAAUAUGAAAAUGCAGCAAACAUUCCACAUGCUAGUUAAUAAAUCAAAAAUAAUAAAUCAAAGAUGUCUUUACCAUGUAAAUUCAAUUUCUGUCAUUUGAAAAUAUAGGACACAUAUAUUUAGAGCUAUGACCACUGAGAAAGACGAAAACAAAAAAAAAAGUAAAUGCUGAGUUUUUUGCUUCAGGGCAUGCAUACUACUUCAUAAGCUGAAAAUUUUACUCUAUAGUUAUUUCCAACCCUUUUUCAAGACAUUUUACACUUUUUUUUUUUUUUGGAGUGUGUGAAACAAGACCUCCCUGAACAAGAAGACAGAUUUAUGCAUACUUUGGUUUGAUCAUGAAUGGAGAACUUUGAUUCUAUGACAUCACAACCUCCCUCUUUGUGUUCCUAUGUAAAUGCUUGAGUGCAGCAUCUCCAGGUCGUAUGACAGGUGGAAAAAGAACCAUUUGAUUUGAAGGGUGACCAGAGAGGUCAAAUGGGAUUGUAAAAUUAUCUUUAGGCACUGAUGGUUGUCCUUCUGAAUUGAAGCAACUGGUCUGAUAAGAAGCAACUCAGCUGCAUAAAGAGAAUUUUAACAUCUCAAGAUGGGCAGCGGAGCCAGUUCAGAGAGCAAGGAGUCAGCCAGGAGAUCCAGAGAACUGGAAAAGAAACUCCAGGAAGAUGCAGAGAGGGAAGCCAGGACAGUCAAACUACUACUGUUGGGUGCUGGAGAGUCAGGAAAGAGCACUAUUGUAAAGCAAAUGAAGAUCAUCCAUAAAGAUGGCUACACCUACGAGGAACGCCUGGAGUUCAGACCUAUCAUUUACAGUAACGCAGUGCAGUCUAUCCUGGCUAUUGUGAAAGCAAUGACUAAAUUAGGAAUCAGUUAUGAAAACCCUGCUAGAAUUGAAGACGAAAGGAAGCUGUGUGCCAUGGCAACGACCCUGGAGGACGGCAGGCUGUCUCCCGAGCUGGUGGAGCUGGUGAAGCGGCUGUGGCAGGACGGCGGGACCCGCGCCUGCUUCGCCAGGGCGGCCGAGUACCAGCUCAGCGACUCGGCGGCGUAUUACCUCAACGAUUUGGACAGGCUGGCAAUGCCAGACUAUGUCCCUACAGAGCAAGAUGUGCUGCACUCCCGGGUGCAGACAACGGGGAUCAUAGAGACUCAGUUUUCUUUCAAGGAUUUAGACUUCAGGAUGUUUGAUGUGGGUGGACAACGAUCAGAGAGAAAAAAGUGGAUUCACUGCUUUGAAGGAGUUACUUGCAUCAUAUUCUGUGCUGCACUCAGUGCCUAUGACAUGGUUCUGGUGGAAGAUAAAGAAGUGAACAGAAUGCAUGAAAGCCUUCAUCUGUUCAACAGCAUCUGCAACCAUAAGUGCUUUGCAGCCACUUCCAUUGUGCUGUUCCUGAACAAAAAAGACCUCUUUCAAGAGAAAAUAACAAAAGUUCACCUGAAUAUCUGCUUUCCUGAGUAUAAUGGACAAAAUACAUUUGAAGAUGCUGCAAAUUACAUCAAGAAACAAUUUCUAGACUUAAACUUAAGGAAACAGGAUAAAGAGAUAUAUUGUCACUUGACCUGUGCUACAGACACCCAGAAUGUCAAAUUUGUUUUUGAUGCAGUCACAGACAUAAUAAUCAAAGAAAAUCUGAAAGACUGUGGGCUUUUCUAACCAUUCAUUCCAUUGUUUAGAGCUUCAGUCCAUUUUCCUCUCUUCCUCUGAUGUGUUGACUGAAAUAAAAAUAUCCUCUAGGUAAGAAAAAAUAUCAAUUAGGCACCUAUUAGAGUUAGUGGAAGCAUUGGGUACAGCCUAAACGUUGCAGAGCAACACAGACCUCCCAGAUAUCAUAA